UUGUACUCAAAAGUUUUAGUCGUUUAACUCAGCAGUAAACUUUUUUUGACGUCGUUUUUAGGGUAUUGAUGUUGUUUUCGUAGGGUGAAACGGAAUUGGAAUCUCUUCAGGCUGUGUUUGGUUGGGGGGAAUGAAAAGGAAAAGCCAUUCUUUGCUCGACCACCGAACUCCAGCCAUUGACCAUCGACGCCAUGGCUUCGAAGCUCCCGAACCAACUCCGAGCUCUCUACGCAUCCACCACCCGUCACCGGCUUCUCUCUCCUCGAUUCCCGAACCCUAACGAAGCUUUCCGAGACCUCCUUCUCGGUUCCAAUGGCAGACUCUUCUCGGACGAAAGAAAUUUGAAUUUCUAAUUUCUAAUUUCCAAUUUUCCAAAUCGAAAGAAAGAUGGCUGAAGAAUCGACGCGGUCCCCCGUCAGGCUUAUGAAUUUCGUGUCGGAGGAGCAGGCAGCAGUAGCAGUACAGUCUAUGAUUGCACACGAGCUUAAGGAAACGCCUCCUGUUCCCGUAGUCCAGGAACAGAAGGCAGCUGGGAAGAAGAAUCCUCCUGCUCGUCCCAUAGGUAUGAUCAUAAAAGUCAAGCCACAAGCAAAAAAAGCCAGGUUGGAUCAGGGAGGUGUUGAAGAUUCCUCAAAAACAAAGAAAACUGUCGAUAUCAAUACUGCAAAGACAAGAAAUUUGGUACAUUCAUCACUGCUCCUAUGAGAGGAGAAAUCAAAUGUUCUACAUGGAGUGGAGGCUAGUGUGUACAAAUGUUUUCGUAUCUUGUGCUCUCAAUCACAAUUAAGAGCUGUGAAAUGGUCCAUCAGCAUGUAGACCGCCGCUUUCUAUUUUGAUAUAUAUGAGUUAUUAUUUUUAUUCACUCUUCUUUAUCGUAUGAAAAACAACUGAUUUUGACCAAGUUAUGUACAUAU